UUUCCACAGCAACCGUUUUGUGGUCCCGCCCCCAUCCGGAGCGGACAGUGAUGUUGCUAUGGCAACCGUUUGUUUCCUGGCUGAGUUAAAGGUGGGCUCGGAUUAGCGCCUGGAUAUUUACAGAAUUAAGCUACUUUUACACACUUUAAUCAUCCAGUGUAAUGUCUCAGGUAUUAAAAGCACCUCCUAAGUUUCUGCCUUCUGAGUGGAAACAUGCGAACUACGUCCACUUCAGGAGCGCAGAGGCCGAGCGAGCACGCUCAGAGCGACUCACGGCCGAGUGUAAGAGGCUGAUAGAGGACAGCGAGAAGUCGGUGAGACGCAUGCAGCAGGAUGCUAACAACAGGCUGGAGAAGAGACUCAAAGAUAUUAAGUUCUGGAGGCAGGAGCUGGAGCAGAAACUGCACGAGAUGGUGCAGGAGAUCGAGUUGCUCCAGACUAUAAAGAACCGAGUAGAGAGAGCUCUGAGGAGCUGCUCUGAGCCUCUCCAAGCCACUCUGGACUGUCUGAACGAGAGGCAGAAGCGGGUGGAGAUAGACCUGGUCCAUGACGAGGUGGAGAAGGAGCUCCUGAAGGAGAAGGACGUGAUUGAGGGAGUGAUGGCUCUCCUCCAGCGCACUCUGGAGCAGAUCAUUGAGCAGAUCAGACUCAACCGCUCAGCCAAAUACUACCUGGAGAAAGAUCUGCGGGAUAAAUUCCAGGCCGAACGCAUCGAUGAUUUCUGCUCCCUGCUCAGCAGCACCGCAGCGAGCGUUGAGGAGCAGGCUGGAGCGGGACAGUGUGCUGAUGGAGGACUCGCCGUGACUCCUCAGGAAUGGGAGACGUUCUCCGACGUGAACAUCGGCAAGGCGGAGAAGGAGAGGAAUAACUCGGCGUCUCUGCGGGCGCUGGUGGAGAACCUGCUGGUGCAGACGGCGGCAGACAUGCGGAGGCAGCACGAGGCCACCGGCUCGGCCCUGACACUGCGCAUACACGAGACCAGAGGUGCUAAAGCGGAGCUGGAAGAUCAGCUGAGCAAGCUGCUUGCGGAGAUUGCGAGUCAGGAACAGAACCUCGAUGCUCUGAAAGUGGCCGUUGCUGAUAAAGAAGGGCCGCUAAAGGUGGCGCAGACACGGCUGCAUGCACGCAGUCAGCGACCCAGAGUUGAGCUGUGCAACGAUCACGCUCACACACGCCUGCUCUCUGAAGUGCAGCAGCUCACGAGCCACAUCACCAGGCUGAAAGAGGGUCUCUCCGAGUCAGAGAUGGAGCUCAGGGCCCUGACCAGAAGCCAGCUGCUCCUGGAGGAGGAGAUCCAGGUCAAAUCAAACUCGCUGUACAUAGACGAAGUGAUCUGCACUCAGCUCCGUCAGCCAAUCACCAUUCACGACUUCUGAAGGAAUAAACCACUCGUUUGCAGAGUGUAAAACUAUAAAAUAGCAAAUAAAUCAUUCUUGAAUGCUG